GAUCCCUGCAUUUGCGGACGCAGCUGGAAGUGCGCAGCUUCGUCUGCGCGGGUGAGGCAGACCAGGAAGCCGCCGCAGCGGUCCCAGCUUCUGCGGUUGCGGGUGAGGGGGCAUCUGCUGUCAGGUAUCUCUCAGCCUCUCGGGAGCAGCGGGAGAAGGCACCCUCGGGAAUGAUCAGCGUCCUCUCCUACUCCAUUGCCGAUGCCUUCAAUGAUUCGAGUCCUUUGGGCGUGCAGCGCCAGUCGAAAGUGAAGAGACAAGUGCUGGUCUACCACACCGACCUUAUCUGCUUGCAGGGCGUGGACGUGUCCAAGAAGAACGGGGCUUCUUUGGCAUCGACCUUGACAGAAGAGGGAAGCAGCGGACAGGAUCCAACCGCCACGAUCCGAGCUCUUUGCUUCAAGGCGAAGGAUGUGGUGCAGCAGUUCCCCUGCUUCCGUUUGCCCGUCGUUGCCGCCUUUGAUUGGCUGCGCCCACAGGGGCUCAACAAGUGCAUGGGCGUGUGA